CAGAGCAUCAAAACUGCCUACUUUAUCGUAGAGCGUUAGAACUUCCUUCCUUACCGACCGCAGAGCGUCAAAACUUUCUUCUCUACCAUAGAGCGUUAACUUCUUUCUUUACCGACCGUAGCAUCAAACUUCCUUCUUUACCGACCGCAGAGCGUCAAAACUUCCUUUUCUAUCAUAGAGCGUUAACUUCUUUCUUUACCGACCGUAGCAUCAAACUUUCUUCUUUACCGUCGCGCGCGACUUGAGGAUUGGUCUCACAGAUGGCGCUCGCAAACAAUCGCGUAGGCCGCGUCUCUCCGAACGUUGUCCAAUCGGCGCGAACACACAUCGGAAUUGUCACUCCCGUCUGUAUUUACAUACGUGCUCUAUGGUUACCGCAACACUGUCAUUGUCCUGUUCGGUCUCUCGUCUUAUCAACUUGUAUAUUUAAUUUUUCGUGAGGAGGAAAUGAUGUCGACGCUCGACGAGACCGAGGUGAGUCGUUUGUAGAAACGAUAAGCCGAAACGUUGUCGCGGCUCCUUCGAGCCGCAUCCGUUCCACGACAAAAACGACAAAAUGGAAGCGGACUACCAGCCGACGAUGAGUCCAUCGCGUACACUAACAGGAACGGGCAAUGACUGUGAAGAUCCGUACCCCAGUUUAUCAGAUUAUCACGACUAUGAGCCAAAUUUGGAGUUUGACGAUACGGAAUUACAAACAACUUCAAACAACGCUGCACAACUUCUAGAAGAAAAAUUGGAUCUGGUGAGCAGCAAUGUGAUCACCGGAAUGGAUUACUUAGAAAGCCCAGUGAGCGACGGAACUAUUGAGGAGAACUUUGAGGAAGCUUUGGUAGAUGCUCCAGUUAUUGAAUCUGCGGAAGAUCUGGCUGCUUUGGACGGAGAGCUUGCCGAUGAGGAAGACUAUCUCGAUAUAUCUAGACAUGGAAUUGUAGAGGUGGUUGGCGACGACAGUGCCGGUCGUAAACUAAUUGUUGUGUCGGCGUGUAAAUUACCUCCUAUUGGAAAGGAGACCUUUAAUCACGCCAAACUACUUAGGUAUCUCAUGCAUACUCUAGACACGUUUGUCGAACAAGAUUACAGUCUCGUUUAUUUCCAUUACGGUCUUACGUCAAAGAAUAAACCACCUCUUACUUGGUUGUGGCAAGCGUACAAAGCAUUCGAUAGAAAAUACAAGAAGAAUCUCAAGGCUCUUUAUCUCGUACAUCCCACUAAUUUUAUUAGGAUCGUCUGGCAAAUAUUUAAACCCGCUAUUAGUGUAAAAUUUGGACGGAAAAUGAUGUAUGUUAAUUAUUUAGAGGAGUUGGCGCAGUAUGUUAACUUGAAUCAAUUAAUUAUACCUCCCGAAGUUAUAGAACAUAAUGAACAAUUACUGUUAAAAAAUAAGAAAAAUUUACCGUCAAACCCGCCGCAAAGCACGAUAGUUACGCCAGUUGGCACAACUCAGUUCGGCGCUAGUCUACAGUUUAUAAAGGAAAACAACAACGACGAUCCGAUACCACCGAUUGUGAGGCAGUGCGUGGAAUUUCUUGCCACACCUGACGCUCUAGAAACAGAAGGAAUAUUCAGAAGAUCGGCGAACGUUGCGGUAAUCAAAGAACUUCAGAACCGUUGCAACCAGGGCUUGCCUAUUGAUUUUCAAGGAGAUCCACAUAUCGCCGCUGUUCUACUCAAGUCUUUUCUUCGCGAGCUGGACGAACCUCUGAUGACUUACGAAUUGUACGACGAGAUCACGCAGUUUCAAACAUUGUCGAAGGAUGAACGGCCGCGUAAAGUGCAGAUACUAAUAUUGGAAAAGCUACCCGAAGACAACUACCAAGUUCUUAAAUACAUUGUACAAUUUCUGUCAAGAGUAAUGGACCGUAGCGACCUCAACAAGAUGACGUCUAGCAAUCUCGCGGUCGUAUUUGGACCAAAUUUAGUUAGAGCGCCGCCCGAGCGCGGAAUGUCCCUCUCCGCGAUAGGACCUAUUAAUCAAUUCAUAGACUUUUUAUUUACUUAUCAAGAUAAGAUAUUUAUUAUUUAAAAAAAAAAAAAACGAUGAGAGAUUGAGAGAAAGAGAGAGAGAGAGAGAGAAUGAGCGAGCGAAUGAGCGAGGGCCUAAUCGUAACAUUCUCGAACAUUAACACGUACGUGUCCGCACUUUCAUUUACCGAAAUAUUUUUAUAUAUGUAUGAUACGCCCGAUAUAACAUAUAAAACCACUCGAUGUUUGUUUAUAUGUGGA